AUAAUCUACUGUUAUAACAUCAGCCCUUUUGCAUGGGAAAGCUUUUAUACAAUCAGAAUGACAAACUGGAAUUCAAAUAACGACUGAAUGAAAUCCCCUUACAAAAUGUUUAAAUGGUCCACCGGGUGACCAAAUGUACAUGAAGCUUUAAUUGUCUUCCCAGGAAUAUGGGACUAAGCAUUGGUUAUAAACUCUUUUAAACAAUUUCAGUAUCAGCUGGUUUAAUAUGAAAAUCUGACAAAGUAUUUUCUUGGUAUUUAAUUAAAUUUUUUUUGUUUGUUUUACUUGGGUUAGUAGCUUUGUGCAAGGAAAUUUCAUUCAAAGCAAUGAAAAACAACAACCAGGGCUGAUACUACCAAAAAUUGUUUUAAAAUCAGAAGGAAAAAUAAUAUGGAUUUCAGGCGUUCCCAGGUUAUAAAUGGGUUUUCUGCAUGUUUGAAACCAAAAACAAACUUUCCUAUAGAAAUAUCAGUAAAUCUAGCAAAGAAAUAACACACCCCAAGCAUGUCAUAGCCUGUCUUAAAUAAGGGGAAAACAUGACAGCACUAGUAAGAGGCAAGUAAAGGGUGCUUUACUUUACAAUUGAUGGAAGCUCGCAGGCUUUGUUCUUGGCUGCCCCACGCAGCCAGCGGAAGGCAGGCCAAGGAGGAAAGAGCCCGGCCUCCCCCGUCCCCGCAACUACAACUCCCAGGAUGCCGCGGCGCAGGCUCCCUGCGGGUGCAGGCUGGGCUCAGCUCUGCUGGACCCGCGCUGGGGGACUCUGGCCUCGCUGCACUCAUGGCUUCUCCUAGCAAGGCAGUGAUUGUUCCCGGGAACGGAGGCGGGGAUGUGACCACGCACGGCUGGUAUGGCUGGGUGAAAAAGGAGCUGGAGAAGAUACCUGGUUUCCAGUGUUUGGCUAAAAACAUGCCCGACCCAAUUACAGCACGAGAGAGCAUCUGGCUGCCCUUCAUGGAGACAGAGCUGCACUGUGAUGAGAAGACUAUCAUCAUCGGCCACAGUUCUGGGGCCAUCGCGGCCAUGAGGUAUGCAGAAACACAUCGAGUAUAUGCUAUUGUAUUAGUGUCUGCGUACACAUCAGACUUGGGGGAUGAAAAUGAGCGUGCAAGUGGAUACUUCGUCCGCCCCUGGCAGUGGGAGAAGAUCAAGGCCAACUGCCCUUACAUUGUGCAGUUUGGCUCCACUGACGACCCGUUCCUUCCCUGGAAAGAACAACAAGAAGUGGCCGAUAGGUUGGAAACCAGAUUGCACAAAUUCACUGACCGUGGCCACUUUCAGAACACAGAGUUUCAUGAACUGAUUACUGUGGUAAAGUCUUUGCUCAAAGUACCAGCAUAGACUGUAUGAUUUCUGCUAUUUUGCAUCCCAAUAUAGGGGUAGAAUAAUAUCUACUAUCAGCUGAUUACUAGACACAUAGAACAUCCAGUUAAGUUCCAAAAGUGCCUGAAAAACAAACACAAGUUUCAACAUUCAGUCUAAGUUACAAGUAGCAUUUCCAUUUUCCAUAGGCUCUAAAACUCCCCAAAUUGCUAUGAGCUACUGCAGUAUUUUCCUCAUUUGAUAAGAAACAUAAGGACAGCUUAACUACCCUUCUCUAUCCAAAGUAAGUCAGAAACAGAACCCAGGUUUCCUGAUUCCCACUCCUGAGUAAAAUUAAAUGGGUUUUAUGUAUGUUGCAUGUGUUGCACACUUUUCCUCUUUGAAAUCAAACUUUUCGAUUUCAUUAGGGAAAGAAAACCUGACUGGAAGUCCAGAGUGUUAGCUUAGAACUCAGAAUACUAGCUGCUGUUUCAAGCUGGCCCCGGACAUUUAAACCCAGACCAGGGCCUUCACCUCUGACACUUGCCCCUAAGUCCUUCAGACAUGUUGAGAGAGACUGAGACAGGAGUCUUCCAGAGUCAGGCAGGAAGGAGAAGCACAGCAAUAUACAUACAUAAUAUACCUACAACUGACUAGAUUUGUUUGAGACAAGAGUGGUGGGAUCAGAGCCAUGUGGAGAGCUCAUGGCCUGUCUAAAUUGUUGCCAUGUGGAAAUGGGGCAGAGUGUUGCCAAUUUUCUGAUUUUUUGUGUGGAAAAAAAA